AGGCAUGUGUUUUUGCCAGUUCUAAAUGAUGUUAUGCUUUAAUAAAAUUAAAAAAUUGUGCAUGCAGCGCAGACGUAGACUAUAUAGGCCUAGCACGUUUACCUAGUGAUUCGGCAACGUAGCCGUAGCAGACAGAUGAUCCUGUCAAAAUGAUGGAUGAAAUGGUAAUUUCGAAUCUCAGGAAAUCAGUGAUAAAUGAUGCUAAGGACAAAUCAAGAGAAAACAGCCAUCGCGAAUCAGAACACGCAUGUCUCCUUGAUUCGGAAAACGAUGAAGAAGAGGAAUACACAGUGGAGGAAGCCAUUGAUGCUCUUGGAUUUGGUUGGUUCCAAAUCAGAACGGCUGGCAUCGUUGGGUUUCAAGUUAUGGCUGAUGCAUUUGAGAUAAUGCUGAUUAGUGUACUCUCAAUCAAGCUCAAGUGUGAAUGGAAGCUAUCGUCAUGGCAACAAGCUCUAUUUACUACAGUGGUGUUUGGAGGAUAUUUCUUGAGUGCUCCUUUGUGGGGUAUGGUCGCAGAUAAGCUGGGAAGAAGAACAACACUUUAUUUAUGUUCGUUCUACAUAUUCUACUUUGGAGCUCUGAGUUCGUUUUCUCCAAAUUAUUUCUGGCUUCUCUUCUUACGAGGACUGGUUGGGUUUGGACUGGGUGGAGCAUCACAAGGAGUGACAAUUUUAGCAGAAUUCUUACCUUCCAAGACGAGAGGACUGUGCCUUGUAUUUAUUUCUGUAUUCUGGGUGACAGGAGUCUGCUUGCAAGUGAUAAUAUCAAUGAUUGUUGUGCCGACGCUUGGUUGGAGAUACCUCAUGUUCUUCUCAUCGCUUCCACUUUUAAUCUUCAUGCUAUUUCUCAAGUUUGUACCAGAGAGUAUCCUAUUCCAGCAAGGCAUGGGGAAUAUGACGGGGGCCAUGAAAACUCUUAAGAUGAUAUCUCGGUUGAACAAAAGACCACUACCUCCUGGACGUCUUAAAAUCAGUGUUGAAAUUAAACCAAAAGGAAAGAUUACAGAACUGUGUAAAACCAAAUCUUUAACAACAUCCACCUGCAUUCUAUUAGUGUUAUGGUUUUUUACUGCCUUUUUAUACUAUGGUAUAGUUCUCAUGUCUACUGAAUUGUUUUCAUCAGGGAAUACAUGUGCAUCUGAACCUGAACCAGACCUGGUAUGUUUUGCUGGAUGUAGAACACUGGAUAGAAAAGGAUAUCUUGAAAUUCUUGUCACUUCAUUAGCAGAAUACCCUGGGACCAUCGUGACAUUCAUAAUAAUCGAAUGGUUUGGAAGAAGGAAGACUAUAAGCUUUGAGAUGUUUGUGGCCAGCAUAUUCUCUUGUCUUCUCUUUCUCUGCACAUCAAGUAAUAUACAGAUGGCAUUCAUCUUCAUCGUACGAGCUAUGAUAGGUGGUACCUUCCAGACAUUAUACGUCUAUACACCAGAGGUGUAUCCAACCCAUGUGAGAGCAUUGAGUCUUGGUGUAUGUGUCUCCGCAUCAAGAAUAGGAGCUAUUCUUACCCCCUUCGUAGCACAGGUAUUGAUAAAGCGAUCUGUGGUGACAGCCAUCUCUGUGUAUGUAAGCUUCUCUAUUCUCUCGUGUGUGAUGUCAUUGUUUCUACCCAUCGAAACAAAAGGAAAGAUUCUCCAGUAACAAAUAUCUCUAUAUAUAGAAAGUAAAUACUUAUCUGUGCUUCUUAAGCUCGUCGUUUGGUCUGAACUAUCUGAAUUCAUAUACGGUACUAUUUAGAUUUAUCAAUAGAUUAUUUAUUUUACAUUAAUUUUUAUAUCUAUAAAUUCACUGCCGUUGUUUAAAAGUAUAUAUACUUAAUGGAUUCCAGGGUAUAACAUGAUAGGUACGGUAGUGCAUUUUUUUCAUUUAUCUGUCAUUUUUUAAUUUUUAAAUUUUUAUUCCUAUUAAUUGGUAUAAAAUUUGGUAUUGAGAGGUACACUACUGCCUAAAUGUUUUAGCACCGGGCCAUCCAGGUCCAUAAAGUUUAGGCAGUUGUAUAUUAUAUCAACAUGUAGCCAUGAGAAAUAUACUUUAUUUUCUUUUAUGGAUUUCUAACUUGAUUUAUGUUAAAGGUAAUACAAAGUUUUGGUAUAUG